AUGGAUAUCCAACGCCAAUUCCCUGGAGCACACUGGGUCUGGGGUGGUAUAUCCUUCGUUUAUGAGGUCCAUCCUCUGAUCGUGGUUACUCAAGUGAAGAAUAUGGAGCCUCUGCCCCUACGAAAGCUCUGGAUGAGCGACAUUGUGCAAGGUGUUGCAUUCCUCGAAUCUCUCAACCUUGCACAUGGUGAUCUACGAGCUGAAAAUAUCUUACUCGAUCGCAACCGACUCAAACUCUCGGAUUUUGAUUACACAGCCGAAUUCGGCACAGAUUCCGAGUUCUGCUCUUGCCCAUACGGAAGACUACUCAAUAAACCCGAGGCAGAUCAAGGAAUGCCAGGGACUGCUGGCUUUCUGGGCCCUCGAACAGAGCAGUUUGCCCUUGGUUCGCUGUAA